GCUGCUGCUAAUGCUGUUGCUGGAGGUGUUGGUGGUGGUGGUGAUGAUGAUGAUGGUGGUGGUGGUGGUGUUGGUGAACGUAACGAUUCGAUAAACCGACGAUUUUUCAAUAAAUCGACACUUUUUUUUUAUAUAUAUAUAGCUCUUUAUAUAUAUAUAUAUAUUAAUUACCUAAAAUGACAAGGUAAAAACAAGUAUAAAAGUAUAAAGAACGCUAUAUCAUAUCAUACGACGUUCAGUUUUUCGAUAAGAGGAUGCUGAACAGAGAGAAGAUUAAUAUUUCGUCGUUAUCAUUGAUAUCGACGAUUAUUAUUAAUAAUAAUAAUAAUAAUAAUAAUAAAAAGAAAAGGAUCAUUAUGGGGAUCACUAUGAGGACAAGUAAAAGGAGGAGGAUAACAACGUGGAAGUUGUUGCACCAGGUGAAAUCGGCCGAGAUUAUUAAUUUGGGUCUUCCCGAUGGAAUGCGAGCAGCCGAUCGAACGGCACCACGACCACGACCACGACUCGUCGUUGACGACGAAGCCGACCACCUUUCGUGUUUUCCCGCGUAAUUUGCCACGACCAAAGACCACGGACCCACGGACGGACGGACGUAACGGUGGUGGCGACGGCGGCGGGUAACAAUAAUUACACGCCAACGAACCUAACAACAACGGCCCCAAAAAAUAUAUAUAUAUAUAUAUAUAUAUUAUAUAUUUUUUGACCCAAACAAUUCACAAACGAGGAACGAUCCCUUUUCAACCCCCACCACCCCAACUGUCCCCAUACAUUGGUUAUUGGCUUUUCAUAUAUUUUUCUUUCCCUUUUUCUAUUCUUCCUUCAAGUCUCUUGUAAUUUCUAUCUUGUUUUAAAAGACUUUAUUCGAACGAUCUUCGAACUUAGCUUCUCAACUCCCCCUCACCCUUUCCUUCUUCGAUCGACCGAAUAUCUUUUGUCUCUCUCUUAUAUUUGUUUGUUUUUCUUUCGUUCAAAAAAAAAUCAUACGCGUAAUAUCCAUCCGAUGGCAGAUUAAAACGAAUCUCAUUAUAUUACCACCAUCACUUAAUAAACGUCGUUCCGAUUACUAAAAAUUGACGACAAAAUAUCGUUAUCCUGGUAUAACGAAAAUCUAAAAUAUGGAUUGCUGCAACUACGUCGAAGCGUACACCCCUGGCAAUCAUUUUUAUCAACAACAACAACAACCACAACCACAUCAUCAUCAUCAACAACAACAACAACAGCAACAACAACAAUUGCAACAGCAACAGCAACAGUUGCAACAUCAGCAGCAACAACAGCAAGCCUACUUUUGUUACAACAAUGCUAGUGUUGCUCCAUACGCGAAUUAUGGUACCGCACCGAUCUCGAACAUGCUCGAGACUAAUGCACGUUACAAUCCUGCUGUUGUGCCAGCUGCUUAUCAUCCGACAGAUUAUGUCUACAAUCCAAAAGAGGCUAGAAUACGUAAAGCUAUGCGCGAGCAAAGCAGAGAAUCCUCGAGACGUUCGAUCGUUCAGAAUACGAUCGGGAAUUCACAGAAGAAUCAUCUCGGAUCUUCUUCAACGUCAACGUCAACUACUACAACGAUUACAACGACGAAAACCACGACAUCACCACAACAACCACCACCACCACCACCACCACCACUACCACCAACAUCAUCAUCAACAACAACGACUACUACUACGUCAUCUUCUUUGACUGACGAAUUCUUAAAUCAACAAUCGCAACAACGUGAUCAUCAUCAUCAUCAUCAUCAUCAUCACCAUCUUGAUUGUGGUUCUUCAGGAUUAAACAAUUACCAAACAGUUCACUUCAUUGAUCAUCCACCAUCACGUCAACAGCAUCAACACGCUGAUCAUCCUGAUCGGCCAAUGAUGCCCCAAGAAUCUUGGUGUCCAGCUAUAGUAAAUGAUCCACGUUCUAAGUGUGGAUACAAUGAGAGGGGAACUGAAUGGUAUACUGGUGGUGUUAACGAUGCUAACGUUGACCAAAGAUCACGACUCGCCAUGCAACAACAUCAACUUAUUUUUCAACAACAACAACAACAGCAGCAGCAGCAGCAACAACAACAGCAACGACAACAACAACAGUUUCUUUUGGGCAAACAACCGAUAGAUAUCAUCAGUUAUCGUGCUGCAGCAGCUGCUGCUACUGUUGCAGCUGCAGCUAAUCUCGAAAGAGAAAUGAUUAGACGUCAACAAAUGCUUGCGAGUUAUCAAUUAACUGAAUUCCCUGAUAGACAAAAGUGGAGUCCUUAUCAGAAUGCCUCGCAUACGCAUCAUCAUCAUCAUCAUCAACAACAGCAACAACAACAACAGCAACAACAACAACACCCAAGAACGAUCCAAUUGCCAACCCCACCGCAAAUCGCAAUACCUUAUAAUGGCAGACAGGAAACAACUGCUCAAGGAACGUGGGGUCAUUUCAGCAGCCACAAUUUGCCUACUUAUGUUCCUGGUGUUAUUCGUAACGUUACGAUGCACGGAAUACGUCAGGCCAUAUUUUUGCGAGACAAUACGUCCAACAGGCAAGAUUUUGCUGAUAAUCAAUCGCAAAUACCACCUUACGUUCCACGAAAACGCGAACUCGGUGAUAAUUCUAAUCAAUCUUAUCCGACAACGGAAAAUCAGAUACCCGUAGAAACAUCUACAUCGGGUGGUAUGAUUCAGCCUAGAAAGUGUGAGAUCGUUAAGGAAACGAAAUGGCAAGCUAAUCCCGUGUCAAGUCCAAGGAUUUUCAACGGAUUAUUAAUUCCAGCGACGAUGACAUCAAAGAGACCAAGGGAUCAAGAAAAGGAUUAUUACGAUCGUAAUUCAUCCGAGAGUUUCGAAUCAAAGAAACCAAACUUAACUCAACCGUUGCCAGGAUUUCAUCAAGCAUUUGGUUCAACGGAGAUAGGAAAGUUCUCGAGAUCGGAAUAUUUUGCUAACAUGGUUGGCGAGAAGAGUAAUAACAAUAACGACGAGGUGGUAAUAGAAGAGGAUAAUAAAAAAGAUGACGUAAGUCGGAUGAUAAUGAACGUGUCAGAAAUGAAUGGCACAGUUUUACCUAUGAUAAUGAUGACGACGACGACGAAUAUAACAACAACGACAAUUACAACAACAACAACAACAACAACAACGACGACAACGACAAAUUCUAAUUCAACGAACUUUGAUGACAGAGAAGAAAAAGUUAAAAUUGAAAUAGUGGAAAACAUUAAACCACCAGCACCAACUCAUACGUCGAGUUUUGCCGUAGUUGAAUCAAAUGUUAAUAAUUUUCCAUCGUCGUCAUCAUCGUCAUCGUCAUCGUCAUCGUCAUCAUCAUUGUCGUCAUUGUCAUUAAUGUCAACCGAUGCUUAUUGCGGACAACGAACCAUUGUUUCGUCUUGGCACAGUCCGCACGUCGGUCCUGUAGGUAGUGAAAUUUAAUAAGUGUAUUAUUCAAACAAACAAACAAACAAACAAAACAAAAUAGGUUGCGAAACGUAAUCGCGACAAUAUUUAUUCGUUAAGUUUUUAGUGGUCGUCUUCCCGUCGAUAAAAUCGAUCGAUCAUUAAAGAAUGAUGAUGAUUGAAAAAGAUGAUAAACACAAAAAGAAAAUAUGUCUCGGAUUUUGUCCGAGAAAAAUGAUAACUGUGUGCCAAUGUGUGCUAAUAAAAAAAAAAAAAAAAUAAUAUUAUAAUGAUUACGAGAUUAAUGGUGAUAGUUAUUCGUCGUCGUUAAGAUGAUUAUAAUAAUUAUUAUGACGGCACAAAUAAAAAUAGCCUUUUUAAAUCAAAUCAAUAAAAUUAUAAUACAAGAUGUGCGGAUAAUUAUGAUAAGUUUGGGGGUGGAACAAGGGGUGGGUGGAUGUGUAUGGGUGAACUAAAAUCAACAUAAACUCAAUACAAAAAUUUCUUUCAUGAUUUAUAUAUUAACAAUAUUAAUAAUAAGUAAUAGAAAAUAAAUCAAUAUAAGAUAUAAGAGAUAUAUAUAUAUAUAUUGUAUUUAAUUACUUUUUAUGUUGAAUUUAAUACAUCCGUCAUAAUUAUCGGCACAAUUUAUUUAAUACAGUUGCAUGUACUUAUUACGUACAUAUUAUUAUUACAUUUAUA